CUGACUGUUGUUACACUAACAACAGCGUUCACUAGCCUCCAGUCCAACCAUGGUCUCCAAGAGUAAUGCUCUUGCUGCUCUCUUUCUUAUCUUCAACCUCAUGUUCUUUGUUUCAGCCAGUGCCAAUACACCUUAUGGCACUUGUUCUUAUGAUUCACUGAAGCUCAAAGUCUGCGUCGACGUGCUCAAUGGCUUGGCAAAGGUGGUCCUUGGCCAGUCUCAGAUGCAACCAUGCUGUGAUCUCUUGCCUGGUGUUCUUGAUGCCAAUGUUGCAGCUUGUCUCUGCACUGCCAUUCAGUCUACUCUACUUGGUACCAUUCCAGUGAAACUUAGCCUUCUGGUUAACCAGUGUGGUUGGUCUCUCCCUAAUAACUUCAACUGUGCUUGAGGGAGCUCUGAUAUGCAUCUGCGUCAUCUCCUCUCUGGAGAGGAGAGUACUUCACUAUCUAUAAUAAGUGUUCAAGGUGGGAGUACUUGAAGUUAUAGUCUGUCUGGUUCUUAUGUCUGUCGUCUAUGAAUAAGAAUUAAUAUAAUAAAGUUAC